AUGGACGACGACGACGAGGCCGACGCGAUCGCCGCGGCGACGCGCGCGCUCGAGUCGCGCGUCUUCGUCGUCGCGCGCGAGCGCGUCGACGGCGGCGGCGAGGACGCGCGCGGGGCGGCCGCGACCGCCGCCGCGGUCGCGUCGCGACUCCAUCUCCAUCGCGACGACUCGUCGAGCUCGAGAUCGGUCGUCCUGUGUCGCUCCACCGCGACGUAUCGCGCGCUCGCGCGACGCGUCCCGCGCGAGGGCGAGCGGUGCGCGGACGUCGGCAGCGCGCACGGCGACGCGACCGCCGCGCUGGCGGCCGCGGUCGGUGACGCGUCGCUCGUCGUCGGCGUCGACGUCAGCGCCGCGUUCGUGGAGCUGUCGCGGUCGAGGCAUCCAACGAUCCGCUUCGAGCGCCUAGACGCGCUCGAGGACCCCGCGCUCCUCGCGCGGCAUCUCGCCGGCGCGGCGUGCGUCUUCGUCGACAUCGGAGGCGUGCGACCCGCGGAGGCGCUCGUGCGGCUGCUGCCGUCCAUCGCGAAGUCCGCGGAUCCGAGGGUCGUGGUCGUGAAAUGCGAAGCGCUGUACGACGAAGCCGUCGCGGUCGCGGCCGCCGCGCCGCACCCUGAUGACGUGAAAUGCGAAGCGCUGUACGACGAAGCCGUCGCGGUCGUGGCAGCCGCGCCGCACCCUGAUGACGCGCUCAACGAACGCCCCCUCCCGAUGCGUUUCUGGAACGAUGUCUGCGUCAGGGAGACGAAGAACGUCCGCGCGAGGAGCGCGUUCAAGAGGACGCACGAGGCCAAGUCCGCGGCGCCCGCCGCGCCGGGCGUCUUCGACCGGUACCCGCUGAAGUACCCCCCGAGGUUCGUGACGAGCGCCGCCGACGGCGUAACGCGCGAGGCGUGCCGCUUUCAUAACUACUCGAAGCAAGGAUGCCUGAAGCGCAUUCGCGGCGACGCGUGCCCGCACGACCACGAGCGAUGCCACUGGUGCGGAGAGGCGGGGCACGUCGCGAGCGCGUGCGACGACGCGAGACGCGCGCGGGACCGAGCCGUCGUCAGCGAAGGGCUCGCCCCGGGCGCGGCGCCGAUUCGCGACCCGAACGACGGCACCGCGGGCGUUACUAGUAGGGCUGCUAUCACGUCGGGCGAUGGCGAUGCCGUCGACGACGACGACGGGUACGUGUACGUCGCGGGGGGGCGCAACCGCGGGCGGACGGUCGGCGUCACGGAGCGUUAUUCCAUCGCGCGCGGCCGAUGGGAGCGGGGGCCGCACAUGGAGCACCCGAGGGGGUCGCACGCGCUCGCGGCGUGCGGGGGGGUCGUCUACGCCGUCGCUGGCGGCGGGGUCAAGUCGGUGCGCGUUCGUUGGUUUGGUUUCUCCAUUCACGCGUUCACCCUACUACGUACUUCCUCUACUACACUACAGAACCUCGGCUGCGCGGAGGCGCUGCGCGCGGUCGCAUCGACGACCGACCACCCCCCCGACGCCCCCGACCGGCCGCGCUGGACCCCCGCCGGCAGCGUGCGCGUGCCGAGGCACGCGGUCGCGGGGUGCAGCGUCGGCGACUGGGGCGUGUGCGCGACGGGCGGGUGGGCGAACGGCGACGCGUGCGUCGGCGCCGUGGAUUUUCUGGAUCUCCGGGAUACGUCCUCGUCGUCGUCGUCGUACACGUGGCGGUCUCUCGCGCCUCUCAACACGCCACGUAAGCUCCACGCCGCCGCGGGGUUAUCCGAUGGGCGCGUCUACGUGUUCGGAGGCAGAGUCAGCGACGACGCGCGGGUCGGACCCACGUCCUCCGCGGAGGCGUACGACCCGGCGGCGGACGAGUGGAGGUACGCGCGGGAUCUGCCCACUGGCGCGUGCGCGUGCGCGUGCGUGGACGAGGACGACGUCGUGUACGUGCUGACGUGGGGCGCGGAUAAGGAAGGCGGCGGCGGCGGCGGCGGCGGCGGCAAGGGGGGCUUGGGCGCGGUGAAGGAGGUGAGUAAGAACCGAGCGGAGAAGAAUCGGAGGAAGGCGGAGAAGGCUGCGGCGAAAGCGGCGGCGGCGGCGGAGGGCGGCGGCGGCGAUCGCGACGCGGCGCCGCAGCCCGUCCCCGCGGCGACGGAACUCGAAAUGCCGCGGGCGAAAGCCGCGCCCGCGACGACAGAAACCGGCGCGUUGUGGCGGUACGAUACCGCCGAGGACGCGUACGCGUUGAUAUCGCCGCUGCCGCUGCCGGAGUGGUACGGGUUCGCGUGCGCCGCGAAAGGGGGACGCGUGUACGCGAUCGGCGGGAGCACGGUCGGGAGAUGGACCGGCGCGGCGUUUCGUAUCGACGUUCGCGGAUGGAUUAGAGACAGUAGCGAAACGCCCGCGUGGGAGGCGUUACCGGACAUGAAGAUGGUCCGUCGGCGCGCCGCGGCGGCGGCGGUGGACGCGUGGAGCGAUGAGCGGCGAGUUUAG